AAACCUUGCCCUGUUACAAUUCUUCACUUUGGAAACCGGUCCCAUGGCAGAUCCCAUUCUGUCCCAAAGAAGAACCAAAUCAUGCCUGCUAAGUCGCUUUGCGCCCUCCCCAUCACUUGCUGAACUUCAGGCCAGGGAGAAGGGGUUCGUUUUGGACUGUGUGGCCGUGGAAAGAAUUUCUAAAGACUAUGGUUACUCCUUACCAAAACUUGGCUCUGUUAUCCCACCAUACAACUCUCAGAAGGAUCCCCACGUCAGUGCCUAUUUCAGAACUACACCGGUUCCUCCAUUGCUGAAGAAAACGGGACAGUCACGUGGAGGGACCUCCACCUACGGUGAGCUGGCUGAUCGCUUUCAGAACAGAGGCGCUGCCGCUUUCUAUCUACUAACUCGGAAUAACACCGGUGCAGGUCAUUCUGCUGAGUACACAAGAGGCCAUGGCCUGUUCCUUUCUUCAGUUAGACCCGUUUUGGGAUACAAUGGAAAAUAUGGUUACAGAAGAAAUACCCCUUCAUUAAGAAGAAUGCCCUCUCCUUUCGGAAUUGUGACCUAUUCGCCAAUUCACUAAAUCUUCAAUCGAAUGCUUCAAAACUCUAAAAAUUGUUAUAUAUUUUUAUAGUAAUGUCUUCUCAAACACAUUUUCACAAAAACAACUGUAUUGAAAGCCUAUAAAAGAGCACAGGGAAGGAUCCAGUUAGGGUGAAAAUUCAGUACACACCCUGGUGGAUAUAUGUGGAAUUGCAAUAAAAAAGUACAA